UCGAGCGCCGAACACGAGCAUGAGCAGCUGCAACGUUUACAGUAGUUGAUCCUCUCGCAUCUUUUGUACGCGCAAUCAAGGUAAGUUUCGACGGCUUUCCCUGCUUCGCCUCUUCCCCUUAUGCCGUUCUCCAUUGAGUUGGCUUGCAUAAAUCGCAUGGCGGCCGUGGUCAACAUCCAGUACCUACGGUCUGGCUUGUCUUGACCGAUUCAAGUUCAUGCGGGUUGUUGCGGAGCACACACAUUGACGAAACCGAUCGAACAUGGCGAAGGCUAAUGUGACUGGCGAAAGCCUUCCGCUAGAUACUGAAUCAUUGACUCACUGGAUGGCUUCCUCCGAAGUGGACCAGAAAGCCUUGGGCAAUUUCGCGGCCACAACAAGCCUGGAAAAUCCAUUUCUGUCCGCAAUGCUCUACAAGCUACUGGGCCUGUCCGUCAUGCUUUCCAAGAAACUGCUUCGUGCACGGCGCUUGCGCCGUCUUGAUCCAACCCGUGAAACGAAAUCACUUCAGCUCUACUAUCACAUCAUAUGGCUUGCUCGUGAAGGUCUCCUCAUUCUAGAGGAAUUCGUUCUUACCCGUGUACAAAUUUAUGUGGAGCUAAAUAUUCUCGCGUACAAGUUGAGAGCCUCUUUUUACCACAUUUUUGUGUUAUUUCAUAACCAGCCUGCUAUUCAUGCACGGGGUAUCGACAAUCUGCCGAACAAUGCACCGCCUGCCGACAGCACUACAAACGCAGGUCUGCCGCAGAGGUUACCGGAAUUCAGGUACUCGUUCCAGCCGAAACCCGAGAUCAUAUCAAUUCCCGAUCAUUUGGUCGCAGCUGCGGACGGUGCGCCGCGGCGUAAGGUUACGCAGGCUCCGCCAGGCCUUGCACCGAUUCAGCCGCCGAAAACGAUGUCUGCUUUUCUCCUCCCAGCCCUUGAUUACACUAGAACGGCUACGCAAUGCUUCGAUUAUGCCGUACUGUUGGCGGAGCGUUUUCUUCCGGGGUCGCAUCCUCUUCGUCUCUCAAUCAAGCUCGAGUAUGCCGCAUAUCUCUAUGAUUGCCUCCAUGAUCCACUUGCCUGUCGACGGAUAGCAAAGAAGGCAAUCGCAGAUGUAUACAACGCGAAGGAGGGCAUGGACGACGAGAGCUUUGAAGAUGCCGCGGAGAUCGUCGGUAUAUUGGGCAAGAUGGUCAAACGCGUAAGGAAAGCCAGCACAGCAGGCAGUACCACUGUCGCUGAGACGCCCAGGGAUGAACAGUCACGAAGCGACGGAUCUCGAACCCCGUCGUCUCGAACAACAGCCCACUCUCGACCAGCCUAUUCCGUGAAGCCGACAAGUGCUGAAUCUCUACCGCCUGCCGUGCCUGAUCCCACUAUCAUCAAUCCUAUUUGAUCUCGAUCCGCAAAGUGUACGCUAUCAGUUAUUGAUGUAUA